AUGGGGGAUUUCAAUGCCCUUAGGGAGAUUGAAGAUAGAAUUGGAGGCCCUGCCAGACUUGGAGAUAUCCAAGCCAUGAGAAAUUGCAUGUUCUAUUGUGAUUUCACCACUAUUAAAACAGUUGGUAGACAGUAUACAUGGAAUAAUAAACAAGAGGGAAAGGCUAGAGUUUUUUCCAGAAUUUAUAGAGUUAUGUCCAAUGCUAGCUUGAUUGAUCUUUUCCCUACCGCUGAGGCUAACUUCCUUCCUGAAGGUGAGUUUGAUCACAGUCCUAUGCUUCUUAGUUUCUACAAAAAUGAUAAAUUAAAAAGACCAUUCAGAUUCUUUAAUAUGUGGGCUCAUGCUGACAAUUUCCUUGACAUUGUGCAAACCAACUGGGAGAAACCUGUCUAUGGUUACACCAUGUACAAAAUUUUGCAGAAACUCAAAUGGUUGAAGACUGAUUUGAAACAGUUGAACAAAUAUGGGUUUAGUAAUGUUGAAGAAGAAAAUACAAGACUAUACUCAAACUUACUACAGAUCCAAACUAACUUGUAUACCUGCCCUAAUAAUGAAAGCUUGGCCAGUGCUGAAAAAAUAGAUGCAGCUGAGUAUAAGCGUGCUCACAAUGCCUACAUUUCUUACCUCCAUCAAACAAGCAAGAUCAAUUGGUUGAUUUAG